CGGCCACCGUUUCAUAGGGAAGCAUUUUGAUGAACUGUGAAUGCGAUUUUCGUGAUCAGUAUUCAAUUCUGAGUCAGAAAAAGUGUCAUUUAGCCAGUUUAGAGAAAAAAUAUUUUUCGACGUCCCUGAGGGGGACCUUUGCCCUAAAAUUUUUCGAAAAAAAUUUGAACGAUCUGAGAAUACAGUUUUACUCAGAAUUCGACGCUGAUUCCGAAUAUGUAUGACUCAUUGCGUAAUUUUUUGGGCACGAAACCUUACAUUCUGCCACUUGUCCAUUAUCCUAUAGUUAUCUCGUUCUUCUAGACUUCCACCUGCUCGAAUCUGUUCGACGAACUACAGAUGAGGAUGUCAAAGACUUUAUUUAUAGAGUUAGCGAAGAGCACGAUGAAUACAAGUUUCAAAAAUACAUAUCUCGAAAUAUUGUAACACUAGGGCGCACUCGUUCUGGAAAAACAACUAUGGCGAACGUUAUUCAAAAUGUAGCAUAUGUACCACCUGAGGUACAGCUUUGUUCAGAUACCAGAAGAAGUGUUGAAGUUCGCAGUUUGAUACUCAGUAGUAUGCAUUCGAUGUAUAAUAUUAAUAUCAUCGAUACACCGGGAUUUUACCAAAGAGUUCGAGAACUAGUCAUGCCAUUAACAAAUGAUGCGACCAAAACAUAA